AUGUGCCGACAAACUGUAGGGUCUGUAGAGUCUGUAGAGAUCGAGGAAGAGUUGUUGGAGUUCAAGUUGAUCGAACGAUUGACGUUCCUGGAAUACCUUCCGGUGAAGGCAGGCGUUCGCAAGUCCUCCAGCAGCCCAGAGCUCACCGCUCUGGAGUUCGUGAGUGCCACCACCGUUUGUUCCUCCAGUGCCACCUGGAGUCGACAGGAAAGUGCAGACAUCAGAUGUUUGACAUUCCACGACACUUUGGUCAAUGCUGCUUCCGCGAAGUCUGACAACUCGGAUCCCAUCGCGACAGACUUCGCCGAUCUUGCGAUUCCUGAGACUGGAUCGAGCGGAUCAGAGCUUGGUGCAGGUCAAUGGUCAGUGGGAUCAGCCCUGCAUUCGCAGGGCGAUUGCAAACCUUGUGCGUGGUUUUGGCGGCCGGGCGGUUGCACUCGAGGUGAAUCAUGUCAGCAUUGUCACUUGUGUCCUCGAGGUGCCUUGCAGAAGAGGAAGCGGCAGAAUCGCCAGUUGCUGAAGGCAUUGCGCAAAAGCACGGUGGCAACUCCGUGA